AUGGGGGUCCGACACAUCGAAGCGCAUGUGGACUCCAUGUUAGUAGCAGGCCAAAUCAACGGUCAAUAUGAAGCCAAGGGCGAUAUAAUGGCACUUUAUCUCAACCAAGCGAAAACGUUGCUACAAACCUUCUAUUCCUACAAGGUGCACCACAUAAACCGAAGCGAAAACAAGCCGGCGGACGCAUUAAGCAAGCUCGCAUCAACAAGCUUCCAGCACCUAGCGAAGGACGUGCGCAUAGAGGUUUUAAGCAGCCCAUCCGUUCCACUCAGAGAAGUAAGCGUUAUCCAGACAGGAACAACGUCCUGGAUGACGCCGAUAAUCAUGUACUUGCAGUCUGGGAUACUUCCAGAAAACAAAGCCGAGGCGUGA